AUGUACUACCCGAACGCCACCUAUCGAGAGUUGCACACUACCCUAUACAACCACAUGGUCGACACGGCUCGCGGCACCGGCCUAACGCGAACCGGCACUCCAGAGUCGGACAAGUCCCAACACAACGACGCAUGCCAAUCAACAGUCAGACAGACACCGCGAUGGGAACCGACUGAAUCUGAUACAUGUGCAAGAAACAACCUACCCAAAGGUAUGACAGUUCGACGCGAAAUGGAGCUCUGGCGGAAUUACCUCGACGAGAUAGCGCUCUGGUUGGACAUGUUCGACAACGAUCGUCAUUUCCAGAUACAACUACCUAUUCUUGCACAAAACUCAGAAGCACUGCGCCUGUCGGUACUGGCUCUGUCCGCAAGGCAGAUUGAACGAAGGGACCCGGAUAAACCAUAUACAGAGAGCUUGGCAUUAUAUCAGGAAGCAAUCAGACUGAUCGCUGCGGAGCUUGAAAGUAUGAGCACCGAAGUUAUUGGGAGCUGUGUGUUGCUUUGCGUGUUGGAGAUGAUGAGCUCUUCUCCAAAGGAUUGGUCCCGACAUCUGAACGGCGCAGCCAUGUUACUCAAAGCCGCUGGCAUCAAUGGUGUUGUCGGAGGCACUCGUCAAGCCAUAUUCUGGUGUUUCGCUCGCAUGGACAUGUGGGGCGGUUUUCUCUCAGACUCACACACCAAGAUUCCGACGAGUCUCUGGUUCCUUCCUACAGGCACGAUGUCAACUGCCAUCUCACGGUUCAAGACCGACUUUCAGAACUUUGACAAUUACGCAAACUACUCUCUCUUCCUCUGCGCCAGCGUACUCAACGUCGUAUCCCGACGUGGUAGCGCUACAGAGCGUGGAAGCACGUACAGCGCAAAGUGGAAGGCUCUGUUCGAUCUUCUGGUGGACUGGGUCACAAACAGACCAGCAGAGAUGCGCCCCAUGACAUCCAGAGCCCAAGAGACAGACGACGAAGGACUCUUCCCCGUCGUGAUCUACUCAAACGCGGCAGCUAUCAGCGCAAACCAACUCUACCAUACUGCCACUUUACUCAUGCUGCAGGCCAAACCAAACGAUUUGAAAGUGCGGAGUCAAAGGAGCAUAUUCUGGCACGCUCGUCAAGUCAUCGGUAUCUCUGUAAGCAAUUUGCUUCAUGCUGCGUGGACGAAUGCACCGCAGCCUCUGUACAUUGCCGGUAAGGUCAUGUCAAGCAAAUCCGAGCAUCGUGUUGUGUUGGACGCGCUUGCGGAGAUUGAAAGGACGACCGGGUUUGCGACCCAAUGGCGGGCACAAGAUUUGAAAGAAUACUGGGGCGACGAAGCGGAUUGA